AUGACAACCCAACCUGGUGCUGCGAUCUCUAAGCGCCGGAAGUUUGUGGCUGAUGGUGUAUUUUAUGCUGAGCUGAACGAGUUCUUCCAACGUGAGCUAGCAGAAGAGGGAUACUCAGGCGUGGAAGUCCGUGUCACGCCUACUGUUACUGAUAUCAUCAUCCGCGCAACGCACACCCAAGAAGUCCUGGGCGAGCAAGGCCGCCGCAUUCGCGAACUUACCUCCCUCAUUCAGAAGCGAUUCAAAUUUCCCGAAAACUCCGUCUCCCUCUAUGCAGCUAAGGUACAGAAUCGUGGGUUAUCGGCUGUCGCGCAAUGUGAGAGCUUGAGAUAUAAAUUGCUCAAUGGAUUGGCUGUUCGAAGAGCAUGCUACGGUGUGCUGAGGUUCAUCAUGGAGAGCGGUGCAAAAGGGUGUGAAGUUGUUGUCAGUGGGAAGUUGAGGGCUGCUAGAGCGAAGAGCAUGAAGUUCACGGACGGAUUCAUGAUCCACUCUGGGCAACCAGCCAAAGACUUCAUUGACAGUGCUACUCGCCACGUGCUAUUACGACAAGGUGUUCUUGGUAUCAAGGUUAAGAUUAUGCGUGGCUCAGAUCCAGAGGGUAAAGCUGGGCCCCAGAAAUCGCUGCCAGAUUCAGUUACCGUCAUUGAGCCCAAGGAGGAGCAGACAGUCGUGCAACCCAUGAGUCAGGAUUAUGGUGCGAAAGCCGUUGCUGCGCAGCAAGCCGCCGAGCAAGCAAGGUUGUCAGAGCAGCAACAGGAGGGUGGAGAGGACUAUAACCAGGAAUAG